AUGUAUGUCGGCCGAUAUGUCAACCAAUAUAUCAAACGAGGGGUACACAAAUUACACAGGAUCCAUUUUCUUUCCAUCAUAACUCUUUUGAUCAAAACUUGUUUAUUAAGGAGUAUAGAUGGGAAGAAAGAGGAGAAUGAUGGACACCUGGCCAGGAUUAAGAUGGAAGAGGAUUCUGAAGAUAGAUCUCCUGCUGCAUUGGACGUUGCUGAGCAGUACAAUAACACCGAUGUUGGAAAAGCAUCGAUGGAAAGCCACAAGGUUGUAAUUAUCAAUAUAACUCUCAAAGACAUGUUGUGAACCUGGUGUGUGGGAGGGGGUGGACUCUCCCAUAAAAAUGAUGGGAAUUCUUGUUGUCUUGCUUAGGGGUGUAAAUUGCAGAUUUUGGUCUACACUUAGGGUGUUUGGGAUGGAAAGUCACUUUAGUUGCUUAUUCAGGUAUCACCCAGGGCUGUGUAUAAAGAAAUUUACAAGAAAUGCUGUGACAUUGACCGCACAGAAAUCUAGCAUCUAAAAAACAACCCAACAUCCCUGGCACUCAUUUAGAUCCCUAGCUCUUAUGUAAAUGUCUAUUUUAGUAUGGUCAGUGUAAGGUUGGGCCACAUUCACAGGGGUUCAAUUUUAAUUUUCUGACGAGCAUCCCUGUCACUUUUAUAUAGGAGUCUCCUCCUCCCCCUUCCCACCCCCACAGUGGUUUUGACACAUGUGUUUACCUUCUUAUCCACUCAGUGACUAAACUGAAAUUAAAGUGAUUAUUGCCAACUUUUAUUAAAGAAAUAGGAUAGACUAUUUUAUUUAAAUAUUUAGCAUUGGCUGUCAUGAUAAAGUGCUCAUUUUCUCUUGUCAUUUCUCACUUUAAGGUUGAUGUUUCGCCUGCAGACCUGCAGCAUGCAUCAUAUUGUAGGAAAAUAAAUUGUCACAACAAGAAAUGUAGAGAUGUAAGUUGUGGUUACAACUAUUAACAGUUGCAAUCCAUACUUUACAGUGUAAUAACUUUCUUUCAAUUCUCUUACUAGUCAUUUUAUAUCAAAUUUGUUUUAAUUUGUAUAGGUAAUAGCAUGAUUUGUAGUGAUAUUUGGUAUAAAUACCACGAGCGAUAUUUCAAAAUUGUUAUGCGUAAUUUCAUGAGUCGUUAGGCAAGUGAAAUUUGAGACAAUUUUGAAAUAUCACGAGUGGUAUUUAUGCCAAAUAUCACGUACAAAUUAUGCUAUUAUUUGUUUAUACUACUACCCGCAAAAGGUUUGUAAUUUUCACAUGUAGGUAUUUCAAAUUAAGCUGAAAUACCACUGCUCUAAGCCAAUCAAAUUGCAGAAAUUUCUCAUGUAGUAUUAUAACAUCUGGUAUUUCUCAUGCAUUUUGUUUAACAGGUGAAAUUAGAAGUAAAUCACUUUAAAAGACAUCAAUAUGCAAGAAAAUGUACUCGGUGUGCGUACCUGUUGUCAGUUAUACAGCAUCAUGCACAGACAUGUCAGAUGCGAGGGACAUGUCGAGUUCCAGGCUGUGAAAAUACUAGGUAACUACACUAUGCACAUAGACAACCUUUUGCACGAAAAAGCACCCCUCAAAAAACUGUUAGCUUACAGUGAAUAAGUGGCAGUUUCUUGGUGCCAUGGAUGAGUGCAAUGAAUCAUUGUGGAAGACCAUUAUCUGUUGAUGAAAAGUUGACCAAAAUUAAGGUUACAGAUAUUUAUUUGGGAUCAAGCAGUUCUACACAAUAUUAUAUUACUUUGUCAUCAUCUAUUCCGUGGAAUAACCUAUUUUUACCUAUUUUUAAUAUAUGAGUAAGUGUUGAUGUCCACCUUUUUAUAAUAUAUUAUGUUCUUAAAAGGAAUCGUGGAAACAUUGGGUAUCCUGUUCCUAGGCAUAAAGUUCAACGGAAAGUUCCUGCACUACUAACGUGUACCUUGGGUGGAGGAAACAAUUUACUCACUCCAGGGAAACGCAAAAGCCAAUGCCAGAAUUCGACCAGUGCAGAUGAUGGCUUAUCAAGCAAAAAUCCAUAUUGUGGCACAGUUCUGUUUCAGGUAAUUUAUUAUAAUAUACAAAUGACUGAACUCUGAUUGACUGAAUUCAAUUCUAAGGAAAGCAUUGCAUGAAGAAACAAUGUGUGCUUUUACCCUUUCUUUGAGACAAUUAACCCACAAUUUGGUGGCAUUAACCAAAUUUCAGGGAGGUUGUUUUCUCUGUGUGGAAGGUCUUGAACAAAAUCCCAUUUCCUAAUACAAAUACAGAUGACUCCUGCUAACUUGAACCUCACACAAGCUCGAACCAAAGUCAAUUUCCCCUGGAUUUCCUUCAUACAUUUACUGUAAUUUUACCCUCAGUAACUCAAACCCUUGAUAAGUUGAACCUCCCGCUAACUCGAAGUAAUCUUUGUUCCCUUCAGAUCAUUUCUAUAUAAUUUUACCCUUGAUAACUCAAACCAUGUUAUAAGCAUGUGACAAGUCAGGAAAAAAACCAUGCACUGAAGUCUGAGACAUUGAAUUUAUUUCAAAGCAACCACGUCAAUUCUUUGUCUUUACGUUUUUGUCACUCCAGUUCAAAUUCAGUGUCCAUUUCAUCCAUUCCUGUAUACUUUGUUGCUUAAUUGCAUUCCCUCCCCAUCCAUUUGCAUAUUUUUCUUAUUUGUGGUUAUUUGCUUGAAUUCCCGAUAACUCGAACAUUUUUCAAUUUCCCUAGCAGGUUCAAGUUAUCGGGAGUCGACUGUAGCUACAAUCAUGAAAAAGCAAGCCUAUCUAUCUCAUCCCCAACCCAACUCACAUUCAAUGUUGAACUGAGCUUGUAUGUAUACAAUGAUAUUUUCCUGGACUUAACACGUGUAAGCUGGGGGAGGGGAAUUUCCAUUAGCUGUCCUGUUGUACAAGCUCACUAUUUAUACAAAAUGCUGUUAGCCAGCUCCCUAAGGUCCAUUCUCUACUUUUUAGGUAAAGCUUGGUUCUCUUAAUUCUCUUCUCAGCAUCCUAAACGUCCUCCCAUCAAAAAGGUUAAAGAAGAUGAAGAUUAUCACGUUCAAAGGAAUCAAAGCCUGGGAGCUGGUGUAAAUGGAACUGUGUACCCGGCUUACUGGUACUUGGAAUCAGGCACAAGAGAAGAGUUCGCUAUAAAAAAGGUAAACUUUUGUUACUUAUGUAAUGGCGGUGGCCAUAAGGAACCUUGUGAUCUGACUAUGUUCUUGCAAAAUGGACUUCUAUUUUUGAAUUUCUAUUUUGAGCAAAAAAAGCUUUCUUUUCUAUCACUUUAUUUGUACCAGCUACACAUCUUAACUUUUCUUAUUUCCACUUUAUUAUUGUCUCUUUUUUUGCUCUAGUCAAAUUUUAGCGUAGAGGAAGUGAAGGUGUAUGAAAAAUUAGAAGACCACCCACACCUUGUUACUCACUAUGGAGUAGCUUUCAGCAGUGAACUCAAAAAGGUUAACAUUUUCAUGGAGCUUUGUGGUAUGUUCUUCUCAUGUUGUUUGAGUUUAUCUGUUGAUUACAAUGCUUUUUUUGACUGGAGGCUGAUAAAGGACCGGAAGAUGAUCAUGAUUGCAAGUUUGUUUUGUCUUUUAUUCAGUUAAGAACUGUUUAACCCAAAUCAACAAAGGAUACAACAAUAUUUAACUGAACUUGGACUGCUUAUAUUAACCCCCUAUCAACAUGCAUAUUCUCCUCAUUCAGUCCUCCCCAUACUCUGUACUGGGGACAUUAAGAUCCGAGGACGGCAACGGCAGCCAAAACAUUGCUUAAAAAGUUAAUUGGCAUUCAUCCAGUCUUCAUCGCAACAGUUCCAACUCACUUACUUUGUCAAAUGUAGGCGAAGUCUCCAGGAGUUGAAUUCCUAAAAACCAUAUUCAAGUUCAGAAUGAGAAAGAAAAUUUCAUAGUAGCUUGUUUACAUCCUCCAUAAACUUUGAAAUAAGGCAUUUUCACGUCGUAGUCAUGCAGUGACGGCAAAGAAAUGUACAAAAAAGAGUGAUGAACGUGCAAAGUUGUUGUUUUGCAAAUCUUAACCUUUUGCUUUUUUGAUGUUCCCGUUGCCUUCACUGUCGUCGGAUCUUAAAGGUCCCUGCUAACUUUCUUAAGGUGAGAUCUAUUCAAGAGAAUUUGUUCAAACAUGAAUAUAUUCCAAUUUUUGGUGAUCAUUUUAUUUUCUCAUUACUUCUGUGUUUGAUUCAACAAUAUUGUCAGCAGAAAUUAGAAGCUGGUCACUUUUGGGGCUUAAAGGUUAACUCCUGUACACUUAACAACUUACAAAUGACUUAACCAUAACUUAGACAUGGCUGAUCACCUACUAUGUUUUUUGUUGGCAGAUGGCAGCCUCUUUACCUACAUGAAGGAAUUAAACCGAAGGCUUACAGACAAAGAGGCCAUGAAUUUUUUUAUUCAAGUACUUAUAGCAGUCUGCUAUUUGCAUAGCCUAGGAAUUAUUCAUAAAGAUCUAAAAGGUAAAAUAAGUUAUCAGAGGUGUUCUAUAUGCUAUCUUAUUGUUAUUACUGUUGUUGUUGUUAUUAUUACAUUAUUAUUAAUUAUUCUUAUUAUUAUAUUACUUGCGGGUGUUUAGGGCUGAGACAUUAUUAUUACCCAAUGUGUCCAUGCGGUCAGUAAUCUCUCAAAGGUUUCACUUAAUAAUGUUCCCUCUACCUGGCUAAAACGUGAACUGAAGCGUAGCCCUUGACGUUUUAAAUGACUGCAUUGUUGAUUUUGAAUCACUUAGUGAAUACUUCAUUAUGAAAUUAAUGAACAAGCAAAGUUUUAUCCAGUUUGCAUUAUGCAUGUAGUUACAGUUUACUGUUUAGAUUGAACAAAACAUUGUUUUUGAUGCUUUUCUGCUUUGUCAAUUUUCUUGACAUUGUUUGAACCUGUUUGAUUAACUGACAAGUGGUUAAUACAGACACUUUGGUAUGUCACAUAUUAAUAAGCGGGUUCCACUACAAUCAGUUUGUUUUGUGUUUUUGCAGCACAAAACAUAAUGCUAAAGGAUAAUGUUGUCAAGGUGGGUGAUUUUGACGCAGCCAAAAUACUUACAGAGGAGAUGACGGAGGCAGGGCUUCACCCUCGAGGUACAAGGGGCUUUGCUGCAUUUGAGGUAUUGUCCUUGUUAUCAAGCUCAUUUGACUUGUACUGUACCCACUGUAAUGUAUAGUCUCUUUACGUCAGGCCUCUAGGGAUUUCCCUGUGUUCCGGCUUCUACAGAUAUGACUCAACCCUUUAUGUCCCAAGAUCCACAUACAAAUUCUCCAGACUUAUCUCCAUACAUUAAUUUCUUUUAAGAAUAGUUGAUUUAAGGUUGAGGAUUGGUUAAAAGUCUGACUUUGAUCACGCACAUAACAAAAAAGAAAAGAAUGUAAUGCUCAAUUAUUGUGUCAUGAGUCAAGUGAGAUGCACAGAAAUUCGAGCCCUCAAUGGCAUUCACACCCAUCUUAUGGGUCUGGUGCCACAGAUACUGAGCUGCAAGCUAGGACACGUACUCUGUACAUGGGACGCCAGGGAAGGUUCUUUUAGGAAUGUUUGGGACACCACAACCCUAAGCUUAUACCAGACCUACUGUUGUUCAGCCGGAUUUUUCCCAGCUUCCCCCACAGAAAUGCUAUUUCCCAGAAAUUAUUGUGGUCAAUGCUUUCUUUUCUGUUAAACUGAGUUAUGGGUAAUUAAAAAUUAGGCUUUUUUUUUUUUUUAGUGUCAUUUCCCGGUUUCCCUUGUCUUCAACCAAAUGAUCAGUUUUAUAGAAAAUGACCCCUAUGCUAAUUCUUAACUCUCUGAUUUCUUCACCCAAUCCCAGACAAAGUUCCUUGAAAACUAUACCCUUCACUGCAGCACAUACCUAUAUAUACGUAGUAAAGUCCAGCUAGUGUUCUAUUAUCAAUGCUGCGUUCUGAUUGGUUGAGCUACUACUAGGCUAUAUGUUAUAGCCCACUAGUAGCGAAAAACGCGGGCUCUUUGGUGGCAAAAAGGGAUUUAAGUCUAGCUUUAACUAGCUAAAUUUUUUUUCUUGACAUUUUUGACCAACUAGUUGGAUUUUACUAAAACAAUAUUAUUCCUCUCGCCCUCAUGGCCUCUGAGUCAAUAGCCCAUGAGGCCGAAGGCCAAUUGGGCUAUUGACUCAGAGCCCAUUCAGGCUCGAGGAAUAAUUAUUGUUAAAUAUCCGAUAUAUGGCAGUAACCCCUCCCUUCCCCCCUAAAGGGUAGGACACAUUUCACUACUGCUAGAAUCCUGUAUGAUGAAAUAUAAAACUUUUGUAGUCUCAUGGCAAUGAAGCCUCAUGGGAGGCCAGCAGAUGUGUUUAGCUUGGGCGUGCUUUUGCUUGAGCUAACAGUAGGAGCUCCCUCUGAAGAUCCAGAGUCAUUGGUACUGAAGGUAUAUAUGCACAUGGCUUUGCAGUUUCACAACUAGUCUUAACUACAUGUAUAACAAAAUCCUCAGUUAUGGUUGGCAAUAAACUGUCCUGAUUUCAGCACAAAUGCCAGUAUUCUUCCUCAUCUUCUGAAAUGAAAUUUUACUGUGGAAUUAUUUAUUUUCCUUGCCGCGGAAUCAGGACACAGAUUUUUCUUUUGCCUUUUUUUCGUGAUGUAAUAAACAUUUAAUCCUUCGUAUUUAUUUGUUUUGUGCAUGUUCUGCCUGUCGUUGGUUCUCACUUUUAGUCCAAUAAUAUAUUUUACUCAGAGCACUUACCAUUUCUAGCUAGCCAAACCAGUCUAUCUGAAAAGAGAAUUUUGAAUGGCAACAGCGUGCAAAGAAAGUGGUGUCUGAUAGCUUGGGAUUAGUGGAUUUUGCUAUCGGGCUCGUGAAUUCCGUUCUUACGUUUUUGAGGAAUUCAAAUUACAGAAGAACUGUGUAAUGAAUCCUGCUCAUCAAAACGUUUUUUGGGCUAGUUGAAAUGAAGUUUGGGCUAGUACUUGCUGGCUACAGCUUGCCUGAAUGGCAUGCUGUAAAACUGACUUUGAUCCAUGAUGGCAAGUCUUAAAGCGAAAACUAUCGAAAAAAGCUUAUUUCGUUUUCAAACUGAGGGAUCAGGCUGGUCAGUUCUGAAUUCUGGUAGGCACCCUUACGAGUUGUUGAGUGUGAUAUUGGUCAAACUAAGAGAUCAUAAUCGGAUUCUAUUAUGAUCUCUUGGUCCAACCUAUUUUACUCAGGGAAAGCGGUCUUUAUGCGCCCAUUGCACAGCCUCGUCAGCAUCACUUAUAAGAGUUCAAUGUCCCUGUGCUAUUUACCUGACAAUAAAUCCUCCGUGUACAGAAAGUCCUCAUCUCUCAGAUUUUCAGUCCUAAAAUGUUGCUCCAUCAGGCUCAUUGGAUAAGUAAUGUCUUAUAUACCUCCCCACCCACCCCUAGUUAAGAUAGGUCCUUGUUGGGUCCGCCCUGUUGUGACCAGUUCCCCUACUUCAGUAUCACAUACAACUGCUGUUAACUUAUCUAUGUGAUGUACAAUGUUAAUAUAAUUAUUAUUGUUUAAACAGAUUAAGGAGUUAGAAGCCAAAUAUGCUGAUUUGGCAAAGUUAGUGAAAGCAUGUGUACAGGUGAGAAAAAUGUUUUUCCUUUAGUGCUAAUGUAAAUGUGUGAAAGUGGCAUGCAUCUUCAUUCUUGCCGUCUACUAGCCUGCGACCAAGGUCGGGGGAGAGGGGGGGCUCUGGAUGCAAGGGAGAAAAGAGGGACCUCUGUCGUAACAAGCAUGUGCUUCCGGAUUGCAAGUCCAUCGCUCUAAUCGCUUAGCUACGCUGUCUGCUGUCAGUAAGAAAACGAUAUGUAUCUUCUUUCCCCAUAAACAGUUUUUUUUUUUUUUUUUAUUAUUGAUAAAUUUGAGGACCCUGUACCCGAAGAGAAAAAGAAUAUUUGUGAGUAAUAUAAAAGAAAAAGAAAAAGAAUAUUUGUGAGUAUGAAGAUGUAAGUUUUACGAUACGUGUAAUUAGACGUAACAGCGACACAGCUUCAGCUUUAUUACAUAUUGUAUUUCCAUACCGAUAUUGCCACACCCUCAUACAGAAAAGUCGUUGCGUCACGUUGCCAUAGUAGCAAAAUUUGUGGAUCUCAACAAACCGUGGUCCUUCAAAUAUGGCAGAAAAAACGAUGAAAAUGACAUGUGUGUCUUUCCUGUGCAUCAUUACACUCCGAAACAAAACAGUAGGCCAUACUUUCCUUCCAUCGACAAAGCAAAUGGCCGUCUCUGUCAAGAAAGAUUGUUGAGAUCCGGAAACUUUGCUACCGUCGCCACUUUAGAAACGAGAAGGGAACUGGAGUCGAAAUGCUUCUCGCAAUUAUUUCUGGGAUCGUUACUGAUGACGCGCUUGUCAGCUAUUGGCUUAUUUUUUUCUUGUUCCUUGUAACAGUCCCAGUCCCAUCACACCGGUAAUCGCGAGGUCACGGGUUCAAACCCCGUUGAAGUCCUGAAUUUUUUUCAGGCUUCUUUACGCAAUUGCAUAAAUUGCGUUCACUGCGAUGAUCAUUUCUUCAAUUUCAUUUCAUUUCCGCAGUUCAUAUAUGAUUUAUUUCAUAUAUCAUUAACAGUCCCAGAAGUCUUUGCGAAAGUCAACUCAGCCCAGGUUCUUUCUAGUUACUCAAGAGGUGAAUGGUAACGUGACGUUGCACUUCUCUAUACCGUGCUGUAAAAUAGUGCAGCUCCAUUAUUUGUUUUGCGUACGACGUACGAAUUUUUUACACGUUGCUGAUAACGGAAUAAGUUGUUGCUAUUUUAUGUCUUCACAGGAGGAUCCAAUGCUCCGUCCCACGGCCUCCUCCUUGUUACACUGUGAAAUUGUCCGUAAUUACAGGUAA